UGUCAGUAUAAAACGGGAAGUUGACGGUCUGAAGCCAGGAGAAAAGGAAACGCGGAGAGAGAAAGUAGUUAUAACAUAGCGCAGGUUGUUUUAAUUUCACGUUUAUCUCUGUUUUAAGACGUUUUCCAAGCUAAUAAUGACGUUUCUGACCUACGUGACUCUAAUGACAACCGUCGCCAUGACACAGGUGUCUGCUAGCUGCCCAGCUGUGUGUGAAUGCCCUGCACAGCCCCCUGCUUGCCCUCCAGGCGUAAGCACUGUGCCAGACAGCUGUGGCUGCUGCAAGGUGUGCGCUGCACAGCUUAACGAAGACUGCAGCCACACGAAGCCCUGCGACCACCACAAAGGACUGGAGUGCAAUUUUGGCAACGACGUGACAGUGGCCUGGGGCGUCUGUCGAGCAAAAUCAGAGGGACGUACAUGCGAGUACAAUAACAGGAUCUACCAGAAUGGAGAGAUCUUCCAUGCAGGCUGCAAGGACCAGUGUUCCUGCAUAGACGGAGCCGUCGGCUGCACGUCGCUCUGCAGCAACAAGCUGCCCGCCGCUUCACCGGCCUGCCCCUUCCCUCGACUGGUCAGGAUCCCGGGACGGUGCUGCUUCAGUGUGGACUGCCACAAGGACACCUGGCUUCUUCCACCUAAGUACCUGAUCCCUCCUUUACAACAGCAUCUGCCCAGACCUUGGUACCAUGCAGUGCUGCAAGGGGAUCACAAUGAGCUGAUCCUGGAUGAUGGCAUCGCACACAUCAAGACAAACAGCUGGGAAAACCGACAGGGCUACAAACACGUGCCUGUGUGGGGCAGCAUGAAGGACAAAAAGUGUCCAGUCCAAACCACUGAGUGGUCCCAGUGCUCACGCAGCUGCGGCAUGGGCAUCUCCUCUCGUAUCACCAACGAGAACCUGCAGUGCAAACUGGAGAAGGAAACGAGAAUCUGCACCAUACGGCCGUGCCGCAGUCAGACGGUCCCAGCCAAGAAAGGUAAGCACUGCUCCCCAACGCAGAAAGCCCCAGAGCCCGUCCGCCUUUCCUACGGAGAAUGUCAAAGCGUUCGUCUCUACCGACCAAACUACUGCGGUGUGUGUACGAACGGCCGCUGCUGCUCGCCGCGCCGUACGCGCACCGUGCCUGUGACUUUUGUCUGCCCGGACGGCGAGCUCUUCCAGAAGCCGACCAUGUUCAUCCAGUCAUGUAAAUGCAGCCGUGACUGCGACCACCUCAAUGAAGCGGCGCUCCCGCCACAGCACUGGAUGUACGGCGACACACACAAAUUUAUUGAUUAGCCUGGAUGCGAGGAUUGUCGUUUGGAAAAUCAGCUCAGAGGAGGAACCUUCGAGACAAGGAGCCGCUUCUCUGCUUCUGCCUCCAAAAUGGAGAAGACAAAAGGCAAGAUGCACUGCCAGGAUUAUUAGUCACUCCCUGAAAGCAAACCACAUUGUUUAGUGUGACCGGAGUGGAUUGUACACUCGGCUGUUUUUGUUUAAGCCUGACGUGGGACCUAAAUUAGACCCUUAAAAUCCCCAGCCAUUCUGCACUCUGCACUGAUUGCUGGUUUCAUUUAUGGAAGAUGAAACGCUUCGAUCGGCCAGAGGAGAAACUCUUCACAAGCAACAAAGCACUUUACUUGGUAUGGACAUUUCUGACUGUCAUGUAGCACCAGUGAAAGGGAAUCUUUAGUAUCACUGGAUCACUUUGAGACCUGAACAUCUAAUAAUGCACUGACUACUCAGUGACUACCGAAGGAAAAUUACGUAGGUUGUUUUGUAUUUACAUCUUUGAUGUCAUGCAUUAGGUGGAUGGAAUUUUUGAUUAGAGAAAUCUGUAAAAAAAAAAAAAAAAAAACACAGGCAUCAGCUGCUGUGCACAUUGUGACUUGGUUUACUUGAAAACCUAAACUCAGGUUAAAUAAGUCACUGUCUCAACUCCAAAGAAUUCAGCAUGAAAUGAACCAACAAUGAGUGAGAUAAAUAAAUAAGAUUUCAUUCACAAAUAUCUCAGUUAUAUUAUACGAUGGCAUAUUAGACCCAUACUAACAAAAAUUUAAAAAUAAAAUUGUGAGAAGUCGUAGUAUUAAGAUAAAGUCGUACACAAAUAAAGUCAUAAUAAUGUCAGAAUAAAUAUGCUGUUUUAUAAGAAUGAAAAUAAAUUCCUGUAGUUUUAUUUUUAUUUUCUUAAUAGUCGGCCGUAAAUACUGUUUUCUGUCAGAUCUUUUCCUUUAGACUCCUAUUUGAAUGGAUACGUUUAAACUAAGAUACAAAGAGUAAAGUUUGUCAAUUUCUGUCAGUUCAUCUCCUUUGCAAAACUUCACACUCAACACAAACAUAAAUGUCUUUAAAUAGACUGAGAUGGGUUAAGUUCAGAGUCAUUCUGCUAAUGUCAGCCUGUUUUAUCUGAUUCAACCCAGUUUUUUGAGAUAAUUUAUUUUGCAAAUAUUCAGCUUGUCAGUUUGAGGUGAAGUUAAUUAGGAGGUAGUCUCCUUUUGCAGUCCAUAUGUAUGGCUUAAAAAUUUAGUUGAAGUUGAAAUUUUUGCAGCAAGAGCUUCUUUCUCUUGGUUGACAGUGAUUUAAAACUAGCUUCAGCGCCAGUAGAGAUUAUUUUUCCAGCACUUUCUUUUUCACAAUGGUUGCCGAGUUAUUUUGAACAUCCAAACCAAAUUUCUUUCACCUGAAGAAAGAUCUGAGAAAUAGAUAAAAAGUGGUUUUAGUAUGAACAAGGCAAGCAAACAUUAACCUUCAAAAAAAACACUGACCACAUCCCUGUUGAUAAUUUAACAAUGCUUAAAAAUUUGGUCUGUGCUAUGAAACAGUUCAAUUUAAAUGACAUUAAACUCAAUCUUGGAGAGAUUUUUAGAGCCUGUGUGUAUAAUUUUUAGUGUAUGUGGAUCUGAGAAAAUCAGUCAAUUUUACAUGAGAACCCAGUUCUUGUUUCUAAAAAUCACCUAAUUGUAUUUAACAAUGUUACAAUGAGGGUGUGUAAACUUCUAAGCAGAACCGCAGGCCUUUGGUAAAUAAGCAAUGGUGUCUGCGCCAAACUAUUCAGCAUGUAAUUAAUCAAUACUUUUGUUUCAGAAUAAAGUACCAUUUUAGCCAAUUA